UAUGUGCAAGGUUGUCCAAUAUUACGGCCGACGUUGCCUCCGCCGCAGGCUCCAGCGCUGCAAGCGUCUUCUUCGARUGUACAACCUUCGAUUUUGYAGGGCCCUGCUCCAGCUCCGGUGGGCUCCAACGCCAUCGUCCCUUACCAACCUCCUCGUUUCAAUGGGGGGAAUGCUCCGCGGGGUUUGAAUAAUCGAUUGCAACAGUCGAAUGAGGGUGAGGCGAUGCAGAUCUUACAAGAGAUGUGGAAUGACCGGCGGGAAGAGAGAGAAAGGAGGCGGGAAGAAGAAGAACGUAGGCAGAUCGAAGAACAGGCAAGGCAAGCACGGGAAGAUGAGAAGAAAAAGCUAGAAGAUGAAGAAAAGAGGGAAGCCGAUCGUGAGGAACGAUUGGCCCGAAUCUUUCGAGAACAGAUGGAGGCUAUGGAAGCCAACAAAAGGAAGGAUGGUACACCUGACGCUAGCAAGACGAGUUGGAAGAAGGUUGAUCCGGCCACAAAGGAGGGUGAAGCAAGCAAAAUGGGUGAAGGGAGUGAAAACAGGAAGCGCAACCAAGAUGCUAUGGCCAGCAAUGCGAAUACCUCUCAACAGCAAGGUAGUGGGASGCCGAGGGUCGUGAAUGAAGUGACCCCUCUCGAUACUGGCCUGCUUAGAAUGGAUAUCGACAGUGUUAGGAAAGCGCAAGAUGCGCAARCAGGUUCUACAUUACGAUCUCUGAAGGUGAGAUGGGUGGAGCAUGUUAGAAGAUCGUUACAAUCUAAGGAUGGCAGGAACCAUAAGGCCGUUCCCAUCUAUGUUAGCGAUUCAAAAGCGGGCGGGAUUGAUAUUUGUUGCUACAGUUCGCUUCUAUCUGUGCAGUCUUUUCAUACCCCCGCGCCCGAUGCUCCUGAGAACUCCUGCGAGAGCCGGUCACCAGGCAUUGUCGUCACACCAUCGAAACAUGGGCAUCGUGCACACCGUGUUGCUGGUAUGCUGGGACGCAAAUUCAGAGACCGGGUUGUGCCAUCUGCCAAUGUCAACGUAUUGCGGCGUCUUCGUCUUGACGAUAUCAUCAACGACGUCGGCGUCUUGCCUUCUGCUGACGGCGCAGGACCGGCGUGUGGGUCUCCUGAUCCUUCGCUUCGGGGUCAUUCGCCGCCGGCAACUCGCACUGAUGAUCGUAAUGUCCCGGUGGGCAUGCUUUCGUUGCCGUCGUGCGAAGGCAGUGAAGGGGGAGGCGGUCGUGCUACUCGUUCGUCGGACGUCGACUUGCCAGUCGGAGAAGACACCGCGAUAUCUGCCUUGUCUAUGUUAAUGUUUGCAUCGUCGGAGCGGAAGCGCAACGAGAAAUGGGGGACACCUGUGCGCUGGCAGGAACUCAUCUCAUGGAAAACAAGAACGCAAAUGAGAGCUGCCGGUAUAGACUGCACCGACUGGUGCGCAUCUUGGCCCUCGAUUGAGUUGUGGUACGACGAGAUGCGAGAUGGAGUUUACAAGCUCGCCAAGACGAUAGUGCUGGAUGCGAACUUCGGAAGCCACGACUCCGGCAAAUGGACUGAAGUGUUCUACAGAUUGGGGUUUGUUCACAUGUGGGGCAGGGGGGGUGAGCAUCAUGGAUCGGUAACGUGCGUGGCAUUCUGUCCAGACGGUGGUCUGACACGUUUUGGUAUCGGAGCAGACCAUAUAACGGAUCUGCUCAUAAGGGCAGAUCCGACACCGGCGGAGGCAGAGAGGACUCACCUGGCUAACUUGAUGCUGGGCAUGAUGAGAGGCAUCAUGUGGAAUAACACACUGCUGCAGACACAUUUGCGCACGAAACGACAACAGCGACAAAAGUACCAGCAAGACAUUGUUGUUUUAACAACUGCCAUCCGCGCUGAAGCAACGCAGCAGCAGCAACAGCAUCAGCUGUUGAACUCCGCUCUCGCACGCAUCAAUAGCAUUGAGGCUAACGCCUCAGCAGGGCCAAGCUGCACGACAGACGCGACGAAGCAACUCAAUGAGCGCAUCGAUCACGUCGUCACCAUCAUCGGCGACAUAGGUGUUUUCAAUGGGCCGGACACGAUCAGCAGCACGGUGGCCGCCAUCAAGACGGACAUCACCAAGCUGCAGACGAGACCAGACGCCGCUACAAAGACUUACAAGAUGCCGCACUUCGACAUCAGCAAGUUCGACGACUACAACAAGUCGGAUGCCUUGACAUGGUGGCAACGUUUCCUUACGGAAGCGUCAUGCCGCACUGUCCCGGCAGACGACAUGAUGAAGGCACUCUACUUGCAACUAAUUGGAGGAGCGCAGGCUUGGAUGAACCAUCUGGCGGCUACCAACAAAUGCACCAUCGUCGAACUCCACACGCACAUCACAUGGAAAGAAUUCGAGAAGCUCUGGUUCACCCGGUUCAUGGUCCGCAACGUCGUGAAGGCGGCCAUGAACGAGGUGUACACCUGCUCUCAAGGAAAUAUGCCAACUCGAGACUGGACAACCAAGUGGCAGAAGAUAGUGACCACGCCAGGAUUCGAUUUGAGUUUUCCAAAUCAACGAUCCGAGUUCUUCUCGCGAUCGUGCGCGGGACUGCCGUCGGCACUCGGCAACGAGUACGACUAUGACACGUUCCAGGCCAUUCUGGAUCGUGCGAACUUAGUCAUCCAAACUGAUGACAAAGCCGCAAACGAACGACAGUCCCAGCCGCAUUAUGUGGCUAAGCAGGGCUAUCAACGUCCGACAUAUAACAAUGCCGUGAUUUCUGAAGAAACAGACGAUCUCCACGCUUCAGCAGUGUCCUCGAGUGAUGGAGAAAUUGUAGCAGCGCUCCCGCCGAAGCGUCCGAAGAGAGUUCGGAAGAACAAGGCGACACAAGAGACAGCAUCGACGGGAACUGGGCAGCAGCCAUGGACGGCUUACAAGAUAACCAAGGAUGUCUAUGACCUUCGUCUUGGCCCGCGCGUGCGAAGGAAGACGCAACGUACGCAAGUUACACUCGCGGACGGCCGCACGCAAAAGUCAAUUGACCGAUGCGUUGACGGCGUUCCGGUCUACUUUGCGCAACUUGCGUGCGAGCCGAUGUCUUUUGACAUCCUCGACACCAAGUUCGACAUGAUUCUAGGCAUGUCUUGGUUGUGUAGCGCCGAUCAUCCGGUGAACUUCCAUGACCGAACCGUUCACAUCCGUGAUCGGAACGGAGUGUUAGUCCCAUGUACGGUCGCGGCCCCUCAUACUUCGAUUGCUUGUCACGUGGUUUCCGUUGCAAAAAUUCGCGACGCCAUUGCUCGGAAUGACGUCGAGGAGAUGGGCCUUGUAUUCUUGCAUGCUCUUCCCUCGCCGGACGGACCAUCCACGUCACCGCCGGACCCACGCAUUUCUUACCUCUUGGACGAGUAUAGAGACGUCUUCGAGGCUCCCACCGGAAUGGUUCCGGAUCGGCCCAUACGUCACGGGAUCAACCUCGAGGCUGGCGCCAUCCCUCCGCGUGGAUGUAUCUACUGCAUGAGCGAAGAGGAACUCAAGGUGCUUCGCGCACAGCGCGAAGAUCUUCUCGACAAGGGCUGGAUUCGCCCUAGUUGCUCGUCAUACGGUGCACCUGUUCUCUUCGUCCGGAAGAAGAACAAAGAUUUACGGUUAUGCAUCGACUAUCAGAAACUUAACGCACAAACCGUAAAGAACGCCGGCCCUCUCCCUCGGAUUGAUGAUCUCCUUGAGCGGUUAGAAUCCGCGACGUACUUCUCGAAGUUGGACUUGAAGUCAAGUUACCACCAGAUUGAAAUCCAGCCUCAAGACCGAUACAAGACCGCAUUCAAGACGCGGUAUGGGCAUUUUGAGUGGGUUGUCCUGCUUUUUGGCCUCACCAAUGCCCCCGCAACUUUUCAAGCAGCGAUGACGACUGAGUUUCGCAACUCGCUCGAUCGCAACGUCCUCAUCUACCUUGAUGACAUCUUGGUUUAUAGUAGGACGUUGGACGAGCACAUCGUACACCUUCGCAUUGUUCUGAAUCGUUUGCGACUAGCCAAGUACAAAAGGAAUCUCGACAAGUGCGAAUUCGCCAAGCAAGAGCUUGAGUACUUGGGUCAUUUUGUCACGCCGAAAGGCAUUCGUCCCUUAGCGGACAAGAUCCAAGCCAUCGUGGAUUGGCCGGAACCCCUUUGCCACCGAAACAAGGGUCGAUCUCGAGUCCCCUUCGGCGAAUUGAAACCGUUGCCGAUUCCUCGGGCACCACGCCUCUCCAUUGCUAUGGACGUGACAGGCCCGUUUCCCCGCGAUCGCCACGGCCAUGAUGGUAUUCUCACGGUCGUUGACCGUUUGAGCAAGUAUGCUCGCUUCCUUCCUUGCAAGUAUCAUGCAGCAGCGCCUGAGCUCGCACGACUCUUGCACACCGGUUGGAUUACCAACCAAGGUGUUCCGGAAGACAUAGUGAGCGACCGAGAUACUCGUUUCAUGUCAGAGUCCGGCACGACAAUGAAGCCGAGCUCGGCUCGGCACCCGCAGACGGAUGGUCAGACGGAACGAGCGCACCAGACCGCUAAGAUGAUGUUGCGUACGCCCGACCAGAAAGAUUGGGUUGACCGGCUUCCCGACAUCGAGUUCGCCUAUAACACUUCGGUGUACCCGGCGAUCUGCGUCACACCAUUCGAGUUACAUCAUGGUGGAGAGAAAGCACGGAUCUUCGCUGAUCUCCUUUUGCCACAGGCUGCCAACAUAGACGUCCCUUGCUCUCCCGCUUCCGUCCGGAAGUACCGGGACUUGCUGAUCAAAGCCCGCAUAAAUAUGCAAAAGGCUCAGAUCCGCAUGCAGCAGCAAGCUAACCGACGUCGACUUCCAUGUCCUUUCCGCGAGGGAGACCUUGUUUGGGUCCUCUCCGAGGAAUUUGCGCUCGAGCAGGACGUUUCGCGCAAACUCCUUCCGAAAUGGUUCGGACCAUGGGAAGUCACUUCUGCCAUUGGAGACGAUCCCGCAGGUCCUUCCUUCGUGAUCAACAUUCCACCGCACCUGACAGUGCAUCGGGUCUUCCAAGCAUCGAAGCUGGCCAUCUACACGCCACCUUCAAAUGACGAGUUUCCCGGACGUCGAUCACAGGAUUCGCCCUCCAUGGACGGACAUCAGGAAGUGGACCGAGUCAUCACGCACCGCAAGUAUGGCAACAAGCCAAGGCAGUACAAAGUCACAUUCAAGCAAUGUGCGCCUGAUGACACUCGGUGGAUCACUUGUACAGAUUUGCAGACUUCUGCACCCCUUAUCUUCGCCGACUAUGAGAAGCGACGCCUUGCUAAGGACGCAGCUCGUCCCGCCCGACCCACCCCGGUAUCAGACAGACAACUUCGCCCUCGCAGACGUCUGCGGGUGGAAGCCGGUGCCGCAACAAACGGACCCCAACCACGUCAUCAGCUUGACGAAGGGGCUCGUGGUCCUCCUGUGGAAUCGACCCACCAGAGGGAAUGUGCAGGACCGUCUCAGUCGUCCACCCGGCAAGACGAAGUUACCCCUGUCAUUACCUACAGAAGGAAGGCCCGCACAACUGGUCCGUCUGCUGCCCGCCAAAAAGACUAUGGUGGUGCGUCCGGGAGGGCGGCCCUGCGGGAGAUAAGCGAAGGAUCGGACGAGGAAACGGAGGAGGAUCCUCUGAUUCAUGUUGAUCGGCAUCCGCAGGGUAAUCCUGCCGUCGACGAUGAGGAAUGUGGGGUCGAAGAGGACGAUGCCAAAGAGGAGAAAAAAGAGAGAGAGAGAGAGAGAGAGGAUCGUGAGGAAUCUAUGCACGACUGCGAGGACGGGAAGUCUCGACAGCACGACGAGGGGGACUAUGGGGGCGAUGGAGAAAACGAUGCUGCCUAUCCGGGCGAUUAUGAGGAUGGAGGGCAAGAAGGGUCGGCUGAUGUGGAGGUCGAUGAGGGAACAGAAGAUCGAUCGGAGGGCAGUGUGCACAAAAGGAAGCGGCGAUCUUCAAUAAGUCCAACAGCUACGACGGAUAAACGCGCUGCGAAGAGACUCACUGUCGCUACAUCUCGAGAGGCACUAAGAGCUUCUCAAGAUGGGGUCGUUGAAAACGUGAAGAACCGCAAAGGGAAGGCAUCAACCAAGACGACAAAAGUGGAUAAACGUCCACUAAAAAGAAAGCAGAUGGUCGAUGAGGGCGACUCCGGAGAGGACGCCGAAGGGGUUGCUCCAAGGGCUCCGUCGGAACAGACACAACCUUCCGACACCCCUUAUGACGCCAUCGACACAACACGGUGCUUCUUCUUGGAGUUCGAUGAGGAUGGGUUUGCGAAGAAGAAUCGGGAACACAUUCAAGUGGAUGUAACGAAGAUCUUGCCAAUUCCUGAAGGUGACAUCCUCUUCAACCAUAGAACAUUGGACGAAACGUUGGUGCAGUCCAUAUAUAAUGCGAUCCAUUAUGCGGCUAAGGAAACCAACGGGAAGUGGGAUAUCAUGACUUUCAUCCUGGCUCCCAUUGUACCGAGCGGGGAUGACUCUCAAGGCAGACGGAUCACACCGACGGAAUUCGAUGUCGCCCAGGCUCAUACAUACCACUUGUAUGCUGUUGCUGGCCAGCACACGGCUGAGGCAAUGAACAGACUCAUUAAGGACAAGUCACCGGCCGAGAAAGUGUACGGCUUGAGGUCGUACUCUAACGUACGCGUUGUCUACUUUAACGAGGACAAAAAGAGAGGAUAUCCGUAUGUCUCCACAUUCGACAACACGAGGGAGGAGCGUUCCAUCCCGAGAUCGUUUUCGUCAUCUGUGCGGCAAAUCAGAAGAUUUUGGGAUAAGAGGAAUGACCGGAUCUGUCCUCCGGGCACCGUGUCCCCGAAUGACGUCGAGGGAAUGAAAUGGAAAAAGAAGUGGGAAGCGUUCAUGGACGCCGCCUGCAAAAUGACACCUGAUUCCGACAAAUUCUUUGGCAUGUACGAGAAAGGACUAUUGCCAGGAAUCGACGGUGUGAGAUACGUCGAUCUGUCGGGGAAAGUGGAAGGGAGGAUGCCUGGGCAAUACUUCCUCAAGGACAACUCCGACAAAAAAGUCUUGUACCACUGCAUCAAGGCCAGAAAGGGGCCGCAAGGCGCAACGGUGUCUAUAGCGGACUUGACGCCCUCAAUCUUUAAGUUGUUUGGCGAUAUGACAGCGAGAGAGAAGCAAGUGGCACUGCACCACAUGAUGUGUGGUGAUGUCAUCGUGACAUCACGUACGGUACCUCGUGGUAGAUGCAACAUGGCGGACUUGGUAAAAUAUACUCGGCGUGAGAGAUAUAUGGUCUGUAAGUUCAACUACAUAUUGUUCAAGGUCGAGGGGAGGUCAAAGGAAGAGUGGAACGCUGACUUCUUCAUCGGUUAUACGACCAUCUUGGAAAGGUACAGCAAAAACGGCCUCACUCACGAUAAAUGGACUGAGGAACGCGACCGCAUCCGUGACGACAAGGCAAGGAAGGUGUCGAGGCGUUUGGGCGGUCCUGAUGAGAUUCAUGGCGGGAACGGUGCGGGGCUGGAGGCAACCCAUGCCAUGUACAAGGAAACCCCGUUCCACCUCAAGUGUUUCAUCUACGAGGCGAUCAAUUGUUUGGACGACUUGAAAGCGGAGGUGAAUCGGAUAUCCUCCAACGCUCGUCACAUCUGUUGGGAAGUGGGGAAAAGGAUUACCACGAUCUUGCCAUAUGAAAUCGAACUGAUGGGAGUGCUCACCGACAACGAGGAGGUUGUUGGUAUAGCGAGGGGGAUGAAGAUACGGGUAAUCAUUCUCGAUAUGUCAACAUCACAAAAAUGUGUUCCGUGGGAUGAUGACGCAUUUUCCAAACUGCACGCUUUCCUCACGACAUGCUGUGGUAAAAACUGGGCCUUGAUCAUUUUCGCGUCGAUGAAGCACAAAAAACAUGUGAUGCAGAGUGUGUACAAGUGGGAUGAUGUUGAGGUGCUCACUGGGUCAUGGUACAGACACUACACACCUUCGACAACCGUGAACAAGUACGGCAACAUUGCAGUUCGGUACAUUGAUAUGAUGGCUAUUGUCCUUCACGUCGAGAACGACAAUUUGAACAAUAUAACGGUUGCGCCGAAAUUGCGAGCCGAAUUGACAAAUUUUAACAUUGAAGAGGGUGAGUUUGUGAGGUGCUCAGGGGAGUGUAUCGGCGUGGAGAGCGACACUGAUGCGGUUUAUUCUUGGAUGGAACGAGAGUCUGCACGUCUCCGAAAGCUAUGCAGCUCAUUCAUCAGGGAGGAUGACGGCGUGAUGCUGCUGGGCAGGGCGCAUGCGGGACUGAUUUGGGAACUAGCUCGCGCCGGACACCACGUGUUUGCUUGUGACGACACGACAAAAGAGCUCACAUACCUUUCGAAGUUUUUGGACUUUUAUGUGAAGGAUCCGAGGAACAGAUGCAGGUUCGAAAAGCCCCAAGUCGAGCACCGCAAGGACCGGGACAUAUACUAUAAGUUCGGUAGAAAGAAGGAGAAAAUGUGGGCUUUCUUGUUCGCUGACGCUCCACAGUCGACGGUUGAUAACGACUACCUCAUCAGGAAAAGCGAACUCGAGAUAACAAUGAACGAGUACCACGGCUUGCACAUGGGUGCUUUCCACAUGUUCGUCGCACGUUGUGAGCAUCUGUAUUUCAAUAUGAAGAAAAGAGCACUGGCAGGCCGGGACUAUGCAGACUUGGCACAUAAAGUUGGCAACUUCAACAACAUCGAUUGCGACGAAGACACGUCAGACUCCGACCUGGACGUCCCGUCGCGCGCGGCACGAGGUGCGGCGAAGGGAGCGCGUGGCGAGGAGCCGCAAGGGAGCACCAACAGACAUGCGGAGAAGGCGAGUUCGAGUAUGGGAGCAACACGUGUGAGUGAGGGAAAUGUGGAAACAAGAAUGACUGGAAGGGGAGAAAGGAAUGGUGUACCAACAAACCCAGUGGGUGCGAGUGAGGGGAUAGUUAACUCACAGGGCAACACAGGGGGAGGAGAGAAUGGGUGUGCAAUGGCCCCGCCGACAACUGGGCCAUCAUCGACACAUACACCGCAGGCCGAGCAACGAACACUCACGUCCAUGGACACUGAUGAAGAUGAAGAGUUGGAUAUGACAGCACUCACGCCGAAGCUCGUGCCACGAAGACCGUUGCCUCAAGGCUUUGCCCAGACCCUUCAGUGCCAUACUUGCUGCAGGACAAGUACAAAGAGUCAUCGGAGGAGGAUUGGGGUCAUCAUAUUCUCUGGCAUGAGGGUAUGUUCGAACCGUAUGUUUGCAAGCCAGAGGCAGAUGGUUGUGAAGACAAGAGACCGAGGGUGGGUCGCGAAGGGAAAAAAGGACGUUGCGAUAUGGCACAGUGUGACGAAAACGCAAAUUUAUCGACGAGUUUUGAAAGAAAACGUCGGUGCAAGCGAGGAAGCUAUAGCGGCAAAGGCGAAAGCUUUGUUCGAGCAUCUGCGUGCGAACAAAAAGCUAGAAUUCAGCACAAAGUUCUACGACCUUGCAUCAAGUGUAUCGUACGGCUCCAUCAAUUGGAAAAUCGAACUCGCUUCAGCAGUAUAAGGAAUCGAUAGCAUCAACUCUCUGAAGACUCAGGACAUUAUCGCAUCUAACACCAUCAUUGCGAUUGCCAGAGGGGAUCCAGCCUGCGAAACGGACACACGUGCGAACGCAGGUCACGUGCAGGAUGAACAGCAGCGAGCAUGUGCUCAACAAAGCACUCCGAGAAGC